AUGUUGAAGGAGUGGAAUCGUACUUUUCUGACAUUGCUUCCAAAAGUUGAACAUCCUGAGCUUGUCUCCCAAUAUCGUACGAUAAGUCUUUGUAAUGUUCUCUAUAAGUGCAUAGCGAAGUGCCUCACCGGUCGCCUUCGCUUGGUACUUUCCUUCUUGGUGUCAGAUCAUCAGAAUGCUUUUGUUCCUAGUCGUCUCAUGUCUGACAAUGGUUUAAUCACUCAUGAACUUCUCUCGUUUAUGAAUGCUUCAAAGGCUCGAAAGCGAUUCUAUGCUGCGUUAAAGUUGGAUAUGAAUAAGGCCUACGAUCGGGUUAGGUGGGACUUCUUAUUUCGGGUUUUAAAGAAAUUUGGGUUUCCGUCUUACUGGAUUCACAUUAUUCGACAGUGUGUUACCUCGGUGUCUUACCAAGUGUUGGUCAAUGGUUCUCCUUCUGCUUCGUUUUUGCCUCAGUGUGGUUUGCGCCAAGGGGAUCCACUUUCUCCCUAUUUGUUCGUUUUAUGUAUGGAAGUUUUGUCCGCUCUUCUAGUUUGGGCGGAAGAACAUUCUCUUAUUCAGGGACUUCGCAUUUCGAGAGGGGCUCCUUCUAUUACUCAUCUGUUUUUUGCUGAUGAAUCUUUAUUGUUCUUCCAGGUUUCUCCUCCAUCUUGUGACCAUUUAAUGGACAUUCUCAAGGAAUUUUGUGAGCUUUCUGGCCAAAUUGUCAACCUUCAAAAAUCCUUUGAUAAGUUUAGUCCAAAUACGCCUCAGGAUUAUAAGGAAUAUCUAGCCCAAUGUUUGAAGCUCCAGCAUAAGCCUUCCCUAAGCUCUUAUCUUGGUUUACCUGUGGAUUUAGGUCGUGGAAAGGUUUCACAGUUCUCUUAUCUGAUUGAUAAGAUUUCUAAUCGCCUUUUGGAUUUUGCAUCUCUUCAUCUUUUUGUUGCAACGAAGCUGGUUAUCAUUAACUAUGUCAUGAUUGCUUCCUUCAAUCAUGUUUUAUCAGUGUUUAAGAUUCCGGCUUCGAUUUGUGCCUGGAUUGAUCAAAUGUUGGCUAGAUUUUGGUGGCGUUCUUCUUCUACUUCUCGAGGGUUAGCUUUGCGUUCGGCUUUUCUUCUCCAUUUGCCUAAAGGAUUAGGUGGGUUAGGUGUACGAAGUCUAGGCUGUUUUGAUUCAGCAAUUGGACAAGAUCCCUCGUCCUUCUUGGGGAUGUCUGAGCUUGAUGGUGUUCAGGUUCGGCUUACUAAGGACUCUUGGGUUCCUGGGUCCAGUUCGAUUCAAACAAGACUAUGGAACGACCCCCAAGAGCUGAUGGAUGACUUUGUUUAUUGGAAGUUUACUAGAGAUGACGCGUUUUCUACCAAAUCGGCGUAUGCUUUGCUGAUUAGGCAACUCUCUGCUUCAAUUGCCUCUGCUUCAGUUCCUCCGAAUUGGUGGAAACGCUUUUGGGGUCUCCCUAUUCUUCCUAAGUUUAAAAUGUUGGGGUGGAAAUUGCUUCAUAAUGCAUUACCCCUUUGUUCAGUCUUGCGAGACCGUGGGUUGCUUGUGAAUUCGAUGCGUGUGUUCUGUAAUCAACAUGGGACAAUAUCUCAUUUGUUUUGUGAUUGCUCCUUCUCUGCUCACCUGCUGGUUUGUGGUCCUAUGGGUUUUGAUAGACAUUUGCUCAGUGCAAAGCCGUCCGAUAUAUGGUUCGCUAAUCUGGUUUCAGGGUUUACUGCCUCUAGCAAUUGGGAAGGGUUAACUACUCUUUUCUCCUUGCUUUGGGCUGUGUGGCUUACUCGUAAUCACAUCAUUUUUAAUCAGGCGACUUGCUCUCCUGCCUCGGUUCUCCAGCUUGCUGCUGCUUGGGUUGACAGAGAUUUUCGUUCCCGAGCUGUCAAUCUAAGGAGACCUAUCCCUCUUAUUUCCCCUUCUUUACAGAUUGCUUGUUUGCGGGGGGAUCCUUCUGAUGAUCUUGAUGUGUGUCUUAUGUUUGAUGGUGCCUGGUUGGCAGUGGACAACUGUGUGCUAGUAUUGGCCUGUUUAGGAGGUCUUCAUAUGGCCUUUCGGAGAGGUGUUCGUCGCCUCCUUAUCUGCACUUACUGUGGUGUUCUUAUCUCCCUUGUUUCUCAUGUACGCUCCGCAGAUGUUGCCUAUGUUUGGUUACUUCGGGACAUUAGCUCUGCUCUUUUGAAGUUCACAGCUUGUUAG